CUUCAACACGGUCGUCAGCUACUUGUCUCUGAGCCUUACAACCGACUUCAGGCAAGGCCCCGCUGGAUCACUGAAAUCAGUCAAGAUGAAGUUCUUGAAGACGUCGCGAGUCUGCCUCGUUACCCGGGGUCGUUAUGCCGGCAAGAAGGUCGUCAUCAUCCAGCCCGUUGACAACGGCUCCAAGACCCACCCCUACGGUCACGCCAUCGUUGCCGGUAUCGAGAGAUACCCCAGCAAGAUCACUCGCCGCAUGAGCAAGACCCGUCAGGAGAAGCGCUCCAAGGUCAAGCCCUUCAUCAAGGUCAUCAACUACAACCACUUGAUGCCCACCCGCUACACCCUCGAGCUUGAGGGUCUCAAGGGCUCCGUCUCCGCCGAGACCUUCAAGGAGGUUUCCCAGCGCGAGGAUGCCAAGAAGACCGUCAAGAAGGUUCUCGAGGAGCGUUACACCUCCGGCAAGAACAGGUGGUUCUUCACCCCUCUCCGUUUCUAAAUUAGUCUUCCACUCUCGGUCUGGGCAGGGCGCAUGGUUUUAGGGGGCUGUAUACAGCAUUCAUCCAGGGAAUAAAACUUGAGGCUUCCUGACUAGUCUGAAAUUAACGGCAAAUUGAAACAAGAGAGAUGACGACCAUAUCAACCAUUCCAAUUUCAAUUCAUCCACGUGCGGGCAGUCUUCAAGUCUCAGACAUCUCAUCGAAGGACAUGGAUCUGCGGAUUCCAACUCUUUGAAACGGAGAAGGGGGAUUGCCCCUGGAGGGAAGCACUUCGAAAACAGAACAGCGAUCGAUACCCAUAGACCGGCGACGGAUAGUGUUCCUGGUCGCGAGCCCCAUGAAAGGGACUAGAUACAUCAACUUGAUGAAUCAUUGAAGCAAACGAAUAAGCGGCAUUUGGAGA